UACAAGUACAAGGAAGGGUACCGCAAGCAGCUCGGGCACCACAUCGGCGCCCGCAACAUCGAGGACGAUCCCAAGAUGAUGUGGUCGAUGCACGUGGCCAAGAUCCAGAGUGACAGGGAGUACAAGAAAGCCUUUGAGAAGACCAAGACCCACUUCAGUAGCCCAGUGGACAUGCUGGGCAUCGUGUUGGCCAAGAAAUGUCAAGGCUUGGUCAGCGACAUUGAUUACAGGCACUACCUGCACCAGUGGAUCUGCCUGCCAGACCAGAAUGAUGUUAUCCAUGCUAAGAAGGCCUAUGACCUACAGAGUGAUAACUGCUACAAGUCUGACCUGCAGUGGUUGCGGGGCAUUGGUUGGGUGCCCAUUGGCUCCUUGGAAGUUGAGAAGCCAAAAAGGCAGGAGAGGGCCAAGAAGGCAGGAGAGAUCUUGAGUGAAAAAGCCUAUCGCCAGCACCCAGACACCAUCAAGUUCACCAGUGUCCCUGACUCUCUGGAGAUGGUCUUAGCCAAGCACAAUGCAGAGACCAUGAACAAGCGUUUGUACACUGAAGCCUGGGAUAAAGAUAAGACCACGAUUCAUGUCAUGCCUGACACCCCAGAAAUCCUACUAGCUAAACAAAACCAAUUACACUACAGUCAGAAAAUGUACAAACUAGCUCUGGAGGAAUCAAAGAAGAAGGGUCAUGAUUUGCGUUUCGAUGCCAUUCCUAUUCAAGCUGCCAAGGCAUCCAGAGAGAUUGCCAGUGAUUACAAGUACAAGGAAGGGUACCGCAAGCAGCUCGGGCACCACAUCGGCGCCCGCAACAUCGAGGACGAUCCCAAGAUGAUGUGGUCGAUGCACGUGGCCAAGAUCCAGAGUGACAGGGAGUACAAGAAAGCCUUUGAGAAGACCAAGACCCACUUCAGUAGCCCAGUGGACAUGCUGGGCAUCGUGUUGGCCAAGAAAUGUCAAGGCUUGGUCAGCGACAUUGAUUACAGGCACUACCUGCACCAGUGGAUCUGCCUGCCAGACCAGAAUGAUGUUAUCCAUGCUAAGAAGGCCUAUGACCUACAGAGUGAUGCUGUUUACAAAUCAGACCUGGAAUGGCUGAGAGGUAUUGGAUGGGUUCCCAUUGGUUCCAUGGAAGUGGAGAAAGCCAAGAAAGCUGGGGAAAUCCUGAGUGAAAGGAAGUAUCGUCAACCAGCAGACCAAAUUAAAUUUACCAGUGUGACAGAUUCUUUGGCCAUGGUCUUAGCCAAGCAAAAUGCUGAGAUCAUGAACAAG